AUGGCUCAGCAAUUUCGACGGAAACCUGUGGGCGGGUCUCCCAUCUACGAACCACUUCCCGUCAAGCCAGCCAUCAGCUCUCAUAUCAGCGAAGUUUCAGAACCUUCAUAUACUUCGUCCUUCUUGCAUGCGCCAGGCAGCCAUGAUGAAGUCCCAGAGUCGAGAGUCGUAUCGGGCUACCACAGCAAUGGCGAGAAAGCAUCCAUACCUAGACAGAAACCCACGAAAUGGGGCAUCCACUGGCGCAAACCUACCUUCAUAGUCUCAAUGCUCCUUCUAGGCCUGGGACUAUCGUUGGGCCACCACUUUUACUACAGUUGGAUGAAUAACCAAGUCACUGGCGAUGCAUCAAGACAGGCGUGGCCAACUAGAAUUGGAACCGGUCUCGCCUUUCUUGUGACUUCUUUCCUCAAAGCGGCCACGAUGACCUCGCUUGGCCAGUACAUCUGGACUGUUGUAAAGAGACAACCCCUCACCAUGUCAAGCUUGGACAGAUUAUUUUCGUUGUCAACCGAUCCUUUGGGGCUAUUCUAUUGGGAACUUAUGAAAAGCGCAAAGAUUGCGCUGUUCUUGGGACUUAUUGUCUGGUUACUAGGUCUGGCGAGUGUAGCACCCUCCGCUACGUUGACUGUUGUUGCCCAGAACAUCACAGGUACUGCUUCUGUAGCAACACUCGAUUGGUCUUUGGCUAUAUGGAGCGGAGAAACGACGAGAUGGAUAGAGACAUUGGCCCCAAACACCGUGGCUGUACGAGCAGCAAACGACAUCAAUGUCGUUCCUCUUCCUGCGCCUGUGAACGCUACAGAAUGGUCGUACGACCUACAGUUCUUCGGCCCUUCUCUUCAGUGCGCCGUUGCCAACAGCACUGAGCAAGUUGUCUUUGACAAUGUCACUGGAACAAUGGCACAACAGGAUAAUCUAUUCACCUACACCAAAAUCACAAACAAGGACUAUAGCGCCAAUACUGCUAAUCGUCUGCUUUGGUCGGUUUGGAGUACAUGGUUUGGCAUCGGCGCCCCGAAUUCGGACUGGAUCCCGAGAAUCCUUGAGUAUGGAGUCUAUGAUGCCUACAUCAUGCCCCAAAUUUGGGUUCAAACAUCCACUCAAGGCAUUGUAUGCAAUGCGGUUAAUUCAUCAUUCGAUGUUACAAUUUCCUUCAAAGACGGAAUGCAGCAGAUCAUCCAAAACAACAUUCAGAUCCUGGGUAACUACAGUACCCCUUAUGUAACAAUUACAGACUUGGAGCCCGGCGGCGAAAAUUCAGAUGAGGGUGGUACUCAGGAAGUCCAGUACAGCCCUUACCUCCCCCACCUUUACGCCAUAGGGACCAUUUUAGCAGGAAACGUCUCUCUAGACAAUGUCGUCGAUUCCGAUCAGUACGGCAACCAAGAAUAUGCGGCAACUAUCGAUUCCAAUAUGAUGACCACCGGACUCACAGCUUGUGACGACAUUGUGAACAGUCCCUUCAAAAGUCUUGCCGAAUCAAAUGCGAGUCCAAACUCAACCGUGGUCUUCAUGAACACGUUCCCUUCUACCCCAUGGAUGUGCCGAAACAAGACCCUGAUAGCUGCCAUUCAAGAUCUAGCAAACAACAUCACCAUCAGCUAUCUUAGUUCGCCACAGAUGACUGGCAAUAAGACGGUCCUCAAGACGAUACAAACCUCGAAUACGGUCAACAAAUACCAAUACCAUCCAUUUUACCUGUUCGUGUCCUAUGGACUAGCAUUGCUCUUCUCGUUCAUAGCCGCGCUCGUUGGCUUCUACUCGAUAUUCCUGAAUGGUGUUUCUCAUUCAAUGAGCUUCUCGGCAAUUGUAGCUGCGACGAGGAAUUCAGAGCUUGAUGCGCUCACUGGAAGAUCUUCACUUGGAGCUGAUCCGAUGCAACCCGAAAAUGAGAGUCUCCGAUUAAAGCUGGGACCUUUGCUAGAUGUAGAUGAGCUCAAGUAUACGGGAGUGGACCCUAAUUUGGGUGAACGGGGUCCUCAUGUUGCGUUUGGGUUGGAAAACAAUGUUGGGCGGUUGAGGAAAGGAGAAAUCUACUCAUGA